UAAAUGAAUACAAACAAAGAGGAAAUCAACUUGCGAUCAGUUGUUGCAACAAAAGUGAAAAGAAAAUAAAUCGUAUUUCCUGUCCUGUAAAAGCGAUCCUGUGUUCCUGAUUACCAUCACAAUUGGUGCGCCACUUUUUUUACUACUACACGCUAGUGUGUCUCCCAAGUAGCCGUGCAGUACACACUCUUCGGUUUUCCAUUUCACUGUCGCCCGCAUCGGACAAAAAGUGUUAAAAGGCUCCGUUCUGCCCGCUCUCUCCAACAUUCGCGAUGAGAGGCUCGUCGUGCUUACUUCUCCUCCUGGCGUCAUUCGGGACGGUGGUGAUGGCUGUGCCGCCGAACCACUCACCCUACUACCGCUCCUCAAACCGCAACUUCCGCCCGUCGCCGCAGUACGACCCUGAGACGCAGGGCAGCACCUUCCUGCCGCCUCCAACCCCUAGUGCACACUCCACUCCUCGAGUGACCCUUCCGCAGCAACCCUUCGUGGUCUCUGCCCCUCAGAUCCCUAAGUUGGCUCGACCACCCCCAGCCAACGUCGACCUGACGCCCACGGACGCGAAGCCCACCCCUCUAAAGAAAAGCGGAAACGCGGCAGUGGACCAGUUGCGGAAGCUGCUGGACGUCGACCGGAUGGCGCAGGGCUCGCAGGUGCACGAGGACAAGGUGGAGGCGGCCGCCGCGGGUCACAUCCCCCUUGUGCACGCCCUGCCCCAGCUGACUUUGCUCCUGCAGCUCCUGUUACACCUUCUACAACAGGUGGUGCCCGGGGCGCACCAUUACCACCACUCAGGGGCGUUGCUGCACCCCCACAUAGGCCACGGGGGCCAUCUCGGCCACAGCGGUCACCUCAACCACGGUGGUCACCACAAGGGCCCCUUCCACGGGCCCGGCCUCUACGGCGUCAGCGCCUCGAACGUGCUUGGACGAGGACCCUUCCCCGCUUACAAGUACGAGGACAAUGCCAAAAAGUGAAAAAAAUUAAUCAAGCCAGUGAGACUUCAGACAGCUGCGCCAUUCUUAAUAAUUUGGAGAUUGAAAUGGGAUUUUUUUAUAAUUUUUUUUCUUCGCCAAGUAAAUCCAUAUUUCGUUGCCAAAUUGGAUUAAUGUCAGUGGGCCAGCAAUUUUUAUUUUAAUAAUGCGGGAGGAAGAAAGCAGAAAUGAGUGAAAUUCACGCACCCGCAUUUCGAAAAAUCAGCACAAUUCUGAACCGAGUGCAAAGAAAGUGACUGGGAAUGCAGGCGAAAAGUGGAAGAACGGAUAAGCGCCUGCACUCUCUCGCCUGACACCAUUCGUCAACAUCAAGAGAGCAAAUAAUACGGGUGAUGAAUGGAACGUCCUUGUUUAAAUUUGACACACAAACGGAUUCCUCCUGGAAUUUUUCUUUCCUCUCAGUUACGAGGCUUGAAUAAAUUAAAAAAUGAGACUCUGAUAUAAUUUUAAUUUUAAAACGUUCCCUCUUUUGAAUUCAAGCUGUUUCAAAUGUAAAGACGGAGUUUCCAGUGUGCCAAUGACUUUAAAAUAUUAUACUCACUGCUGUUUAAUUUGUAACUUAUAAUUAGGUCUUUAUUUGUAUCCACGUCUCCACGUCCAAAUCCGUUAUUUUAGACUUUAGACAAUUAAAAUCGGUACAUACAUUAUAACAUAUUGUGUGGAAAUGCGGAAUUUGCAAGCGUACUUUUGCUUUGGAACUAGUCCUCCUCGUUCACGUCAACAGCUGAAACAAAUUAAAUAAAUUAAUUAGCAUUUUUAUUUGUACGAAAAGGACGGACAGUUGGAAAUUAACAACCACGUCUUAUUUUCUUUAAACACAAACCACGCAAUUUUAAAGAUUUUUAUGGAAAUCUGGAUGAAAUAAAAAUUUUCUUGAUGUUUGUUGUGUUUGUUUUUCAUCAAAAACAGAGGGUUAGGCUCAGAUUCAUAAAAUAAAAUGAUUUUACAUCC